AUGUCGAGCCACGGUGCCCCGCAGCGGCUUUGGCGCGGCACCGCCCCACCCCCUCAGCCCACGGCGCCCAUCCCGCGCUGUUCCAAUUCCCAGGAUCCGCGCAGAGGCGCGCGAUGCCGAUCAGCGGGUGGCGGGGGGCUGGAUCGCAUCGUGGGGAAGGCGGCGGCUGCGGCUGAGGGGGCGCCCGCGGCUGUUCGGGCGCCCGAGGGGUUGGCGCGGAGGCUGGCGUUCUCCUUCUCGCCAUCCGGACUGCUCUUCCCGUACUACAUAGGCGUGUUGCAGGCGUUGAGGGAGACUGACCUUGUCACAUCAGACACGCCAGUGUCUGGAUCGUCUGGCGGGUGCCUCCUGGCAGUUUUCAACGCCUGUGGCAUUGCUGUUGAAGACAUUCGAAAGACAAACAGGCUGAUCAACACAAGGCUGUUGGCAAGGCCAGGGGACAAGAUUCUGGGCGAGGUGGUGAAAGACGCGAUGCUGGAUCUCUUGCCCAACGACGUGCACACGACUGUAUCGAAUCGCAUUGCGAUUGCGAUAACCAGGCUGGCCCCUUUUCCCUGGCCUCUGGUUGUGGAAGACUUUCUGUCCAAGGAAGACUUGGUUGACGUGAUGGUUGCGAGCACGUACAUGCCGGGCAUGGCUGGCACAAAUCUGGGCGUUGCCACAAGGCACGGAUUGGCGGGCGACGGUAUGCUUGCCAGGUUCUAUCCUGAGGUUCCAGAAGCCUACAGGGAUCGCGUCAAAACCACAAUCAAGGUCUGCCCGGCCCCCAGCGAAGCGCGCCCGUGGUUCGUCGGGAGCGCUGACAUCAGCCCGGACCUGCGGUCGCCCGAGGACAGGUACCCGAAAGACAAGUACUACCACUACGCCUCUGAGCCCUUCGACUUGGAUAUUCUCGACGACUUCAUCAGGGACGGGUACAACGACACAUUGACUUGGGCUCAGAGGUUCUUGCAGACGUCGAGGCAAUACAAUUGA